AUGAGUCGUAAACGAGGGCAAGUGCUCUGUACGAGCGAUGCGGGAUUGUUGGACCGGGUGUAUUGUGAUGAAUCAUUGACAUCUAUUAACCGUAAGAGACACUGCAACAUAAGGUCACCUUAUGAUCUGUCCAAUCUUGCUCACCGAGAGCAACCAUUGGAUUCCACAUCCGAUAGUGGUCCUGCUUCCGACAGAUCACAGGAUGUACCAGAGUCGGAUUGUGAAGGUCCACUUCAGAACUUAACGUUGGAAUGGAGUGGUAAAAUUAUCGAGGGGCUUCGAAGCGUGCAGAGCACCCGAGACCUCAAGGAGCCACUUGCCAAUUAUCUGGCACAAUUCUAUCAUGCAGCAACUUCAUUAACAUGUGAUUCUGUAUCUAGUUCUAUCGAGGAACAAGAGGACCCGAAAGCGGAACUCUCCAAUCGCAUUGGCUAUCUGCUACAGCGAAACAGUGUGCUGUGCAAUGUGAUUAGACAUCAAUAUGAUACUAUCCGGAGGCUGCAAACGAACGACAUGAUAGUGUCUACUUUAAUGAAGGAAAAGGCGGCCUUGAGUGACGAGCUCAUGAGAUUGAGGGAGUGUGUGAAUGCCUAUAUUGGUUCAAUGACAACAGGGGUGAGCUCAACAUGCCAGCCCUUUGAUUCACACUUCACAAGACGUCCACCGGACGUUUGUUAA